GUCAUUCUGGUUUACACCUUUGAAUCCCACAGUCUGCCUUUUCUCAAUCAGCUCCAAAGGGUUACCAGCACAACUAGUGGUCAUACUGCCUGAGCAGCGCACUAAUUCUGCCGAACGAAAAAGAAACAUUGCUCACCAAACUGCGGGACAUCCAUACCUAUGUCUGCCUUGUUCAACUUUCAGUCGCUUCUCCUUGUCCUUCUCCUCCUUAUAUGCACGUGCACAUACGUUCGCGGGACUGCUCCUAGUUUGGUUGACCGGAAUCGAGAAGGAUUCCUUGGGCUGUUCUUCAAGUGUGCUAGGAUAGGAGAGCGGUUAUCACCCUAUGUUUCUCUGGCGUGCAUAGCAAUGGCGGUCACUAUAAUUUUGGGAUCAUGAUCCUUUAUUGGGCAACGAUAGACCGAGUAUACUUCUCCCUUGCCAGUUACCGAGACAUCGCCAACUCGAAGUUCACGAUACAUAAUGACUAUGCUAAUGAUAGGAUACCGAAAGUGACACUACUGCUAUACAUACAUUUCCCUUUCCAAUCUUCUUUCAAGGUCUCCCGAAGGGUUUGUAAGGGAAUAGCCUGAUUUGCGGGAAGCAUCUUGAGAAAUGGGUAUAUACGCUGUCUACCCACAUCGGGUCGGGGCCAUCCUCGCCUCCCAGCCAGAUCUCAAGUCUGGUCAUCUUUCGACGAGAGAUAGCGACGCCACAAAUGAUCGAUUUGGCCCUUGCUCCAGAUGGGGAUGGAACGGCAUCAGAGAGGGACCCGCCUAUAAGGAGCAGACAGAUAUCGAGAAAGACGUUGUCCAUCUGACUCGUUUGUUUGUUAGAGUGAUAAAGCAGGGUAAGUUGGAAGACUUACCAAGGCAGCAUCUCCCGCCAUCAUGAACUUCCCUCCUUUUCCACACAUUUUGUCUUCCCACAUUGGCUUGAUAUCAUCAGCGAACAAGUGUAGAUUUGUAUCGUCAUUCAUCAAGUCGGCACCCAACCCUGCUCCUCCUUGCAUUGACAUACCCCUCGGCUCAAUCUCUCUUCCCUUUGUUUCCGCAAUGGCCCGCCGCAACGCCUUCCACCCUCCAAAGAACUCCUCAAGGUCAGUUGCGUUGAAGACGGUGACAAGGCCAGAGUUGUAUUCGUGGGCGCUCUGGAGGUGCAAACGAUGUUUAUGUUGUCCUUUCUCGGAUGUGUCGGAGUAAUACAUGGUCCAGGAACGGUCAAGGGGGAAUGACUGGGGUAGGGGGCCUAUCCUUGCUUUCUCGGGAGAUGUUGGAAGAGAAAGUGGCCUUGAGAAAUUGAGGCCGGUAUUCAUCGAAGAAGAUUGAGACGCAAAGUUGGAGUGAGGCCUACCCGAACUGAAAGUGAUCUCGACCAUGUGCUGGUAACCAGGCAAAGGUCGCGAUUUUUGCUUUUCAGGAGAAGACUGGGCCGAAUACGACUGCCGAGGAUGGCCUGUGCCCCAAGAGUUGUUGCGCCGCAGAGAAGUCAAAGUUAAUCGAUCUUGUUGACAAUCGUUAUACGAAGGAGGAACUUCAAUUGGCACGGGAGUAGACAUCGUUCUUUCCAAAACUACAGGUCUAGGUGUAUUAUCAUCCUUUGAUUCCACCCUGACUGGUUGAUCUCGUCUCUCUACUAAGAAAAUUGGCUUUGCGGGGGAAGGAUGAUUUCCCUCAGGUUGAUUGAAAUCUUGAGAAGUGGGUGAAGUUAUAACAGCGUCAGAGUUACGACGAGAGUUUGAAAGCUCGGAGGGAAUGCGAUAGAUAGUAGUCGGCUGCUCCCUUAUCACCGGCGAAGUCUCAGAGCUUUCCCUAUCGGGGCUGGUAGGCUCAACCUUGGGCGAACCACGGCUGUCAACUGUUGGAUCCUCUGCUUCAUUUAUAUGCGUGACAGACAGCGAUUCUCGAGCUUCGGGCAUAGUCUGAAGACCUUCUUGCCUAGACUCCUCUAGCGACUCCUCUUCGCAUUCCUCUAUCACUGCCAGACCUUCUUGAGAGGCUGGAACCUCAUCCUCUUGCUUUUGAUCAGUAUCGUUCACGCUCACCACGUUAGCCCAGUCAUCGAAAGGAGCAAACGUCCUGAUUUUACCGGCGGUAGAUCCGAACUUUCGCUUUGAAAUCUCAUCAGGCGAAGCGGGAACGCUCAAAGGAGUUGUGGGUGUACCGGUUGAAUACUCGUAUGAAAGACUGGCAGCAAACGCGACUAGGUCGUCCUCAGCAGGGUUUUCAAAGUUGGUGAUGGUUACGACGAGUUUAUUUUCGACCUGCUUCUCAGAUACGAGCUCUUCUGGAUUGACUUGUCAACACAGAGGCUUUGUGAUGGGUAGCAACUUACUCUCACACCUCUUGGUCUCAUCCCCGUUGGUUGGUGGAGGAGUUGGAAGCCUUUCUUCAUGAGCGCUUAGGGGAGUUCCUCCGAAAGCGUUUCUGCCAUUCCUUUGACGGCAGGCCACCCAACAUCUUCCUUCACCGCCAUCUGGAUCACGCCUUCUUCUUCAUCCUGUUCUAUUGGCUCUUCCUGGUACUUCGCAGAAGCAGCUUGCUUUUCCUUCUUCUUCUCUUUCUCCCUUUCCUUCUUCUUAGCAUUCUUCCUUUUCUUUCUUUCGCUUAUCACACCGUUUUCAGACCUCAGGUCUCCUUCAGAUUCAAGGUGAAAUGAAGAGGCGGGGGUUUUGUUUGAUGUUGUAUCCCCUUCGGCACCUCUCGGUGUGAGCAUUUGUCCGGAUCCAUAGAAGGCAUGCAGACGGUCCGAAGGGCUUUGUUGUCCCAGGUCAACUCCCAGCUCAGACAUUCCUUCUGAGAAAGACUGUAACGGCCCAUGACGGACAUGAUGAUGAUGGUUCUGGCCGUAUGCAUCUAGUAUAACGCCUCCUGGUCUCAAUACAGCCGGGUCAUGUUGGUUCUUCAUUGUCGUUUGCCCAUUUGCUUUCACCUUUUCUUCAUGCAGCUUGACCCGAGCCUUAUAUUCCUCCAUCAGCAUAUUCUCUACCUCUUCCGAGCUCAUAUUCUUAUUGAAUAAGAUAGAGGGGUCGAAUGGGACAGGGCUGGCUUCGAACAGGUUGACGACAUGAUCAAUUUCCUUGGGUGACAUUGAGGAGCUGACGAAGUUGCGCAACUGAAGCGGGAGUUGAGCGGUCUCCGACAAUGAACUGUCUUGGUGAGGUCGGCUGUGAGUUAAAGAAAGAGCUGGAUGGGCGAAAGAAGCCACUGAAGGUGGAGUACCAGGCUCGGUGGGGGUGAGCUCCAAUGAUGGCUGGGAGUGAGAACGCAUAGCAUACUUAUCGUAUUCGGCUCGAGGAUCUUGGUAUCGGGCAGGAGUCAACUCAAAAGGCUGAACUGUCUGAGCAGGCUCGGCUGGAGGGGUAAUGAAUGGACUUGGAAGGAUACUCGGAGUUGGAAUGGGGUCGUUCUCGAGGACAGGAGAUUCUGAUGCUGGCUGACGAGACUUCCUUUGCGUCUUUUUAUUCUUUGCGGAGCCCCUUCUUUUGAGGGGCAUAGUGGCGAUACCUGUAGGGAUGAGAAUAUCAGAGGGAUGCGUGGAAAGAAGGAAGAAGGAAGAAGAAAGAAAGUUAUGGAAAGCCACGGUAGGAUUUUAUAUGUCACAAAGGAAGAU